AUCAGUGUGUAUUCUUGGUGUUUGUGUGUGAAAGUUUUGAGCUUUGAUAUAAAUAAACAUGGCUAGAAUAAAGGGUUCAUUCAAAGGCUUGUUCUUCAUGACAUCAUGCACCUUGAUUACUUUGAAAAUAACCUUCUUUUCUAUAACAUCUAUUCCUUCAACCUCAAAAGUCAUGAUGCUUCAUUCCCACGACCACGAUGGUCGUCUUUUUGAUGAUCAACAAUCUGAACAAAUCUUUAAUCCUGCUCACAUCUCAACCUAUCACCAGUAUGAGGACGUUGUUCCGGUAUUGCAUGAACAACAGCAACCCUCCAUAGAAGAUACUGGUGGGUUUGGACUGCCGCCUGAAUUUAGCAGCGACGAUGGCGGAAGGUCGCCGGAGGUGAGGGAAAAUGGAGGUGGACAGCCUCCCGUGGUAAAUAGAAUUAGUCAAGAAGUGGUGGCUGAGGGCGGUCAAACGUCAGCUGGAGGUUCUAGGCACUCAAAAGAAAAGCCUCUGAACAAGGAAGAAGUGUACCAUGACAAAGAAAACUUCUUGGAGAAUUACAAUCAAAUGAACAAAAGCUUGAAAAUAUACGUUUACCCGCACGCCAAAACCGAUCCCUUUGCCAACGUUCUCUUGCCCGACAACAACCGUUCUCCAGGAGGCAACUAUGCAAGCGAAAGCUACUUCAAAAUCGGGCUCUCGAUGAGUCACUUUGUUACCCAAGAUCCAAAUGAAGCACACCUCUUUUUCUUGCCAUUUUCCAUUGCAAGUAUGAGACAUGACAAGAGAAUUGGAGUUGGUGGCAUCAAAGACUUCAUCAAAGAAUAUAUCUCCACUAUCAGUCACAAAUACCCAUUUUGGAACCGCACCGGUGGGGCCGAUCAUUUCUAUGUUGCGUGCCAUUCUAUUGGACGGACUGCAAUGGAAAAGGCACCCGAAGUCAAGAUCAAUGCGAUUCAAGUUGUUUGCUCUUCAAGUUACUUCUUGCAGGGUUACAAUGCACACAAAGAUGCAUCAAUACCACAAAUAUGGCCACGACCAGGGGUCCGCCCAAGUCGUGACCCAUCCAAAAGGAAAAUGCUUGCAUUUUAUGCCGGAGCAAUGAACUCACGGGUGCGUGAAUCUUUGGUUCGGACAUGGGUGAAUGAUACAGAGAUCGGUGUUCAUCAAAACCGACUAAAAACGCCUUACUCAGAGUCGCUGCUCGGGAGCAAAUUUUGCAUCCACGCAAAAGGGUUUGAGGUGAACACGGCUCGUAUUGGCGAUGCAAUCUACUAUGGGUGCAUCCCAGUCGUGUUGGCGGACCACUACGAUCUGCCAUUUACAGAUAUUUUGGAUUGGAGGAGCUUCUCGGUCGUAGUUUCAACAGAAGAUAUUGCGUUCCUGAAGAAAAUACUGAGAGAGAUUGUUGAUUCCAAUGAGUACAUCAAGUUGCAGAAGAAUGUGUUGAAGGUGCAAAAUCACUUUCAGUGGCAUAAACAACCAGUGGAUUUUGAUACAUUUUACAUGGUAAUGUAUGAAUUAUGGUUAAGGAGGAGUUCAAUUAGGAUUCAUUUACUCAAUUAGUAACCGACUUCUGAUUGGUAUUUGGUUUUUCGUUGCAAACAAACCAUUAGAAUUCCUGCAAAAUGCAGAAACGAUACUGCAUUUUGUAAGAAUGAAUGGUCUUCAACAAGAAAUAUAAAAAAACACAGUUUUUUUUUAAUUCUAGUUUUUCAGAAUUUAUACAAAAUAGAUUUUCUUCCAAAACAAUAUUCUUAUUUUUAGAAAAAUAAUGAUUAGUUUGCAACAAAAAGUCAAGUACGAUGGUUUUAAAGUCAAUUACUAUUUAUUCAAUUAUUUCAUGUUAUCUGCAGCUUUAUUUUGUACAAUCUGUCCCCUAAAA